UGUAAGUGGUCCUUUUUCCUUUGGAUGUGAUGGUGAUACGUGCUUGGUCCACUAAGGGACCUCCUUGGCGCCGUCUUCCAUCAGACAUUGUAAUACAAUAAGUGUAUGUUCAAUAACAAGUGGAACUAUGGCAAAGCUCCUUGGUUUAGAUAAAGUAGCAAGACUUUUUCAAAUUAUCAAAACAAAUGGUGGCAUAAGAUCCAGCUUAUACAAACUAUACAGGUUCGACGAUUUGAGGCUGGGAGUUCUGGUCGGCUCGGACAAAUACGGCAACAAGUACUUUGAAAACGACAUGUACUUUGUCGGCCGCAACCGCUGGGUGGAGUACGCCCCGGCCGUGGGCACCGACUACGACGGCAGUAUGGUGCCGCCCGAGUGGUUCGGCUGGCUGCACCACAAGACGGAUGAGCCGCCCACUGUGAAGCCGCCCGUCAGCCAUCCGUGGAUGUUGAACCACGAGGCGAAUCCGUCGGGAUCGACGGACGCGUACUACCCUUACACCACCACCAAACCCAAGAUUCAGGCCUGGGUGCCGCCCAAGAAACAGUAGAUGCUUGUCGAUGGUCUGUUGUAUGUAUAUAUGUAUAGUGGCCUACACGGGAGACGAAUACAGAGGUGAAAAGGCAA